CAGGGCUGCAACUGUUAGGCCUCACGUUCAGCAUCCCAGCCCUGCCCUGUCCUGCCACUGUCUCUGAUGGCCAGACUGGAACGUUUGCUGCUGCCGCAGGGGCUGCUUCUGUGGGCAACAGUUUGCAGUGUAAGCAGUCCAAGCCAGUGUGGGGAAGAUGAAUUCCAAUCUGAAACCUUCUGCUGCCAAUUAUGUCCCGCUGGCACCUACGUCCUUAAGCCAUGCCAGAGGGACCAUGGUAAGAGCGAAUGCGUCCCAUGUGAACCCGGAUACUUCAUGAAGCACAAUAGCAGUGAGCUUGGCUGCUUUCAGUGCUCUCAGUGCCGGGAUGACCAAGAGGAGGUGGCCGAAUGUUCCCAGAUGGCUGAUCGUGAGUGCCGGUGUAAGCAGGGAACCUACUGUAACUCUGAAAACUGUGUGGAGAAGUGCCUUUCAUGCAGCAGAUGUCCGAACGGCAGAGUCAUCAGGCAAUGCAACGCCACAAUGGACACACUGUGCGACACAUUGGAUUCAGAGUCAGAAAUGCCAAGCUGUCAUUGUGUCUGCCUGUCUGGAGCUGCGAAAACUGUAGUUGUCACAGCUGCUGUCAUCAUCAUUAUCGCUGCUGUCAUCGUCAUUAUCGCUGCUGUCAUCAACAUCAUAGCUCCUUUCAUCACCCCCAGGUUUUAUAAAAGAGGCUAUGGAAGAAUUAGGGUCACACCAGGAGAGACUUUGGCUUAA